AUGAGGAGGAGGAGAGUUGGAGUACAGCAGCCUCUUUUGUGCUUCCCUUGCAGUUGCUUAUUGAUGUUUUUUGUUUUUGCUGAAGGACAGCCUCCUGAAUGUUACAGUUUCCCUUUUGCGUAUCACGUCUAUCUUGAGAGUGAAACAAAUUGUAUCUUUGAGCACCCAAUAGUUUUGCGAGGGAUAUUCCCCAGAGCCUCGUCUUUUGCCUCGUUUUCUUUCCUCUGCAUCCUUUUCCUCCACCUGUGUACUUUCCUUUACAGCAAGGUGUGCGGUGGUCAUUUGUCGCUGAGUGUGUGCAUGGCGUCAGAGAAGUCACUACAACCUCUGGAACUCCAGUUCACCACGCGUUGCUCCAAUGACGACACUUCGGAAACGGACGCUCACUGUGUACGAGUAUGCCUUGAAGGUGGCGUUGUCUUCCAGUGCCCUGCGUCGAUGCUGCGUGAGGGUUGUUUGGCAAUGUCGGAAUUAUUUCCUCCGGGGAGCGCCACAUCGGGGAAUGCGACCGCCGGAGAUAACGUGAAGCUACCCGCUCUUUCGAUAGAGGGCAGGGCUUUUGAAAAUGUGGCGCUGUAUCUGGAGCACUUUUACAACGUACCAGCAUCCGAUUCCCCCGUGGACUGUGAUGCUGCGACCGACCUGAAGGAUAUUCGUCCAACGAGUUUGUCGUGCCCCCUCCAAUUCCAGGAGUUGUACGAACUCACGGAGUGGGAACACCGGUUCGUUGUGCAGCGACUACUCAUGCUCCCUAGAGAGAAGUGGUAUCUAUGUAAGGAGGGGAAAUGGGUAGAUUUAAUUUCAGGAGCGGGGGUAGCACGGGGGAUGAUGAUAGACGUUUCGCAUCUCUUGCGUGUGUUAAACGCUGCUGUUACAUUAGACAUUCCACCGCUGCGUUGCCUGUGUGGUGCGGUUUUCGCUAACUUGUUGUUGGAUUUGGAUGAGGUGGACAUGUUGGAGUUGAUGGGUGUCAAGGAACAGUUGGGGCCGGAGGAAGAACAGGCGCUUGUUAAAGCUUACCCGUGGCUAAGCCUGUAG